GGCGGGAGAGGCAGCGGCGCCGCUCCCGCUCCGCGCCGCAACUUUCGGGCCGACGCCACCCCCUCGCCCUCGACCCUCGCGGGGCACAGAGGAAAACGGUAGCACACGAUGCUGAGAUCGGUGGUGUGGUGGCUGAGGCAGGUACCCGAGGAGCAGCAGGCACUGGAGCAGCUUCGGUGAUAGCGGGAGGUUCCCGUGCCUUUGCAAGGAAGGUCACUUUUGACACCCCCUACCCCCCCUUCCCACCCCCCAUUUUUUUGCGAAGCCGUGCAUCAGCAGCGUGGAUUCCAAGAAGCAGUAGGUGUUUCUUGGCAUUUUCACUGGGAUUUUGGAAAGGGAAGCCGGGUAGUUAAUGGGAAAAGAUUGCGACGGAGCACGGGGAUGCGGAGGCUGCAUACAGCCCUGGGUUUGCAGACGUGGGGAAGUUGUCGAGAUGGGGAAAGGGUCGGAAGCGGCGCAUGGAAAAUGGUGACUAUGCCUUCGGUGACGAACGAAUGGAAAGGAAAAGUGGGCCACCAAGAAUUUUCCCUGUUUUGCAGUUUGCUGUCAGCAGAAGGUAAAGCACGUCCUUGCCAGUAUAGAAUUUUACAUAAACAGCUGAUGUUUACAUAAGCCUCCAUAAGUUUGUGAGAAACACAGGGAGCAGAAGACGUGGUGUUGGCUGAGCCCGGCCGUCCUGCUGCUCCGACCUGUGAUAAUUUUUUCUUUUUGCAUUGUUGCAGAGUGAGACCAAAGUGAGCAGCUGCACCUUCCCCCAAGCAACCACCUGCGUUACGCAUCUCCUCUGGAAUGGACAAUGGAACGGUCUCUGGCUUUAUCAUGAUCAAAAACUUCUUCCUCUUCUGCGUCUCCAUGAGUUUAGCCGGCCGCUUCGGCUUAUCUCAAACACCGACAGCACCAGGAAAAGAGGACACCAAUGAUAACAUUACCAUCUUCACCAGGAUCUUGGAUGGCCUGCUGGAUGGCUAUGACAACCGGCUGCGCCCAGGACUAGGAGAGAGAAUAACUCAGGUGAAAACAGACAUCUAUGUUACCAGUUUUGGCCCUGUGUCAGACACAGAGAUGGAAUACACCAUAGAUGUAUUUUUCCGACAAAGCUGGAAGGACGAAAGGCUUCGAUUCAAAGGACCUAUGCAGCGUCUCCCUCUCAACAACCUGCUCGCCAGCAAAAUCUGGACACCAGACACUUUUUUCCACAAUGGCAAGAAGUCUAUUGCUCACAACAUGACGACACCAAACAAACUUCUGCGCCUUGAGGAUGACGGCACUCUGCUGUACACAAUGAGACUGACCAUCUCUGCUGAGUGUCCCAUGCAGCUUGAAGAUUUCCCCAUGGACGCACAUGCCUGCCCAUUAAAAUUUGGAAGCUACGCUUACCCCAAUUCUGAAGUGAUCUAUGUGUGGACCAACAGCACCACAACCUCUGUGGUUGUGGCUGAAGACGGUUCCCGACUUAACCAGUACCACCUGAUGGGACAAACUGUGGGAACUGAAAACAUCAGCACCAGUACAGGCGAAUACACCAUAAUGACAGCACAUUUUCAUCUGAAAAGAAAAAUUGGUUAUUUUGUCAUCCAGACAUACCUUCCCUGCAUUAUGACUGUGAUCUUAUCACAAGUGUCGUUUUGGCUAAACAGAGAAUCUGUCCCUGCUCGGACUGUCUUUGGGGUGACAACAGUCCUCACCAUGACCACCUUAAGUAUCAGUGCCCGCAACUCUUUGCCAAAAGUGGCCUAUGCUACUGCCAUGGACUGGUUUAUAGCUGUCUGCUAUGCCUUCGUAUUUUCUGCAUUGAUUGAGUUUGCAACGGUCAACUAUUUCACCAAGAGAAGUUGGGCAUGGGAUGGCAAAAAGGCCCUGGAAGCUGCUAAAAUCAAGAAGAAAAAAGAGCGCCAGUUGCUGGGAAAUAAAUCAACAAAUACGUACAGCACUGGGAAGAUGACCCCUGCUCCAAACAUGCCAAAGGACUCGGCCCCCUCCGUCAUCUCAAACGCUGCUCCUGCUCCAGUGAAGUCUGUGGAAGAAAAGCCUGCCGAAAGCAAAAAGACUUACAACAGCAUCAGUAAGAUUGACAAAAUGUCCCGGAUAAUUUUUCCAGUGCUGUUUGGAACUUUUAACUUAGUCUACUGGGCCACAUAUUUGAAUAGGGAGCCUGUUAUUAAAGGUGCCAACUCUCCAAAAUAAACUGAAGGACUCUAAAGCCACACGUGAGCCAUACUUCAAAGCAGAUGCUACCAAGGAAAAUUUGAGAUCCAGACCACUUUCUACAUUUGGGCAAUAUUCUUCAGGAAGUUUUUUGCAUGUUUAAUAAUAUGUACAAAUAAUAUUGCCUUGAUUGUUUCUACAUGUAACCUCAGAUGUUUUGGAGACGAUUAUAUUACUUACAGCAACAGAUCUUUAUAAAAGAUCAGAAGACAUUGAACAUGGCUUCUUUGCUGCUAAGUAUCUUGCAUUGAUAGUUUACAAAUAAAAUAAGUUAUAUUUUUUAACUGUUCAAGUGUACUACAUAUCGUGGUUUUUAUACUUCAGAUGUACAGUCAUACAAUUGUAGGCUUAACCUCUAUUUUACAGAAGAGCUCCACUGUUGUCAUCUGAUAGGUUACUAUGAAUAAUGCCAGUUGUAAAUGUGCCAAAUUAUUAAAUGUAGGGCUAUGUUUGAGCACCUUUACUGGUGAUAGGUAGUGCAUUACCACAGGAAAAAAAAAAGAAAAAAACCCGCUCAGCCCUGUUUUCAUUAAUAGAAAUUGAUAUGAUGCAUUAAAUCCUAAUGGGGCUAUGCUGAUUUUCACUGCUUUUGAGCCUCUAGCUUGCAGUGAGGGAGCAAGAUGCUACUCUUGUAAAUAAAGAUGGUGGAAUCUUGCCCUUAAAAUAAAAUAAUGUUUGGUUUUUGCAUUCCAAGGGAAUCUUCUCAAAUGGUUUUCAGUAUUUAUUCCAAAAAAUAGAGAUAUAUUGCAUGAAAUUAACAUAGAUUAGGAACAUAUUUGUGCAAAUAAAACUUUUGACAAUGGCAGUAGACGGUUUUAUUAAGGUAAAGUAACUCAUGUUUGGAGGUUUUCCCAAGAAGAUUGUGUUAUAUUGGCAGAGACAAACAGUAAAGAAUUACAGUAAUUCUGAAAUAAUUAAUUGGUUCCCACAGUGAAAACCAAUCAGACGAUACUAAGGAGUGUGAUCAGGGAAAAAAAAAGAAAAAAAAAUGAAAGAAAGGAUGUUGUUUCACGACAGCAAGGUAUUUCAGUGGCAAUUCUGACAGGAAGGUGUUUGUACUGUCCAUCUGAAAAUUUUCUAUAAAAUGCCUUGCUGCUGCCAAUGUGUUUUGCUUUCACAAUGAAUGAGAAAAUGCAACUUGAAUUUUCAGCUCUUUCCUCCUUGGCAUAUUUCUUUGUUCCAAAAGCUUUUGUAAUUUAAUCUUAAUGUUUAAAUAAAAAAGGCGUUCAACACUUGAUUGCAAAGUGUCAUUCUUUUACCGAUUAUCAUUUUAGAGACCAAAAGAAUCACCACUGAAGCUGAAGAGGAAGCUAGAAGAAGGAAAGCACAUAUAUGUGUAGUGAAGCAAUGUGUGUGUACAGUACAUCCUCACUGUUACUUGGAAAGGUACGUGCUGAGUGAGGACAGUGAACCAGGAUGUUUCAGAACUAGGUGCUGUUUUGCUAUGGAGCAUC